GUUUUCCUGAUAUUUUGAGAGUUGUUCUUAUCACAUCUGAUAUCUAGCACCAGUUUACUUCUAGCACCAAGGAAACAAGACACUGUUCGGGCAUAUAUAACAGCACAGGAAAUAAUCUACAGAUAAGCACAGACAGUUUCAAAUCCUCGAUGUCUAACACCCUCUCAAGCCCCUCGCUACACGAGGAGGUAAUCAAACGCAGAGGUUAUGCAUCGCUAUUCGAGAAGCACACUGUCUUGCUGACUGGCAGCACCGGCGCGCUGGGGGCCGUACUGCUCUACAAACUCGCAGUGCAGGUCCCCACGCAUAAGAUCUAUGUUCUGAUCCGGGGGUCCCCGGACCUCGCGAUUCAGAAAUGGAAGAAGGCGAUGCCUGUGCAGACGCAGCCGAUCCUUCACUCUCGACUCGUGCAUUUCGUAGUUGGCGACAUGACGAAACCGGAUUUCGGGGUCGACGCGCUGGUGAUGGAAGAGCUGCGCCAGCAGGUCACCCUGGUCAUUCACGCGGCCGCCAAAAUCACCCUGGAUGCAGACCUCGCGGAGGCGGUCGAGAAUAACUGUCUUCCGUCCUUGGAGUUGGCAAAAAUGGCCGCGCGGUUCCGGAGGUUGAAGCUGUUCGUGCAGGUGUCGACCGCUUAUGUGAGCAGCUUUUUGCCAGAUGGCCACGUGGCGGAGAAGUUGUAUUCUGUUACCGCUGAAGUAGGCGGCCAGGAUGAGGAGGAAGAUCCGGAGAAACUACUCGGGGCGAUCCUCCGAGGUGAAGGCUCUCCUUUCACCGAGCGUUUCUCGUCAAACUAUACGUACGCCAAGUAUCUGAUGGAGCGGCUGAUGCUGCAGAGGUUCCCGACGUUGCCCUUCCUCUUGGUGCGUCCGACAAUUUUCGGUCCGGCAGUCAGGGACCCGUACCCGUAUUAUGCGCCUGAAAACUCGACUCCGCUGAAUAGAUUCGCCACGCUCUUUCUUGCGACCCAUGGGGGGCCGCAGGUCUGGCAUGCGGCUGAGGGCUAUGACAGUGCGGCGAAUACUUUAGAUGAGAUGCCAGUUGACUUGGUGGCAAAUGCUUGUCUUCUACACGCUGUCGCGGGAACGCAGGGGGUUGUCCACAUUGGGUCGCAAUUGUAUGUAAAGACGACACUGGAUGAGAUGAUGCAAGCAGCGGUUGUGUACGCCCCCGAAGCGAUGCGUCAUGCUUUACCACAAGUGCUUUUCGUGAAGGAUCGAACUACACCGCAAUGCUUUCUUGCGGAGCUGGUCAAAGUUGGCUCGCGCAACUGGUUGUUUGAUUGCGGUCGCUCAUUCUGGUUGAAGCAGCUCGGAGGUCCGCUGAGUUUGACCGCGUGCCAGCAUGAUGCAGAUAAAAUGACUCGCAAACGAGCCAGAGAUGCUUGGGAACGAGUGUUGAGGUCAGUGAAGCUUUAGCAUGGGGCUGGUCGUCGCUUCCUUGUCGAAAUCUCUCGCCUGAGUAUAUAGUGGAUAGUGUGAUGGUUUACCC